UUAAAAAUAUUAAUUUUCUUUUUACUACUAUUUUAGAGGGAAAAUGUAGGCUCAAUUAAGACAUUUUCACUACUUUCCAUAGUUCAAACUUUCACAUACCAAAAAAUAUCAACCAACCAGCCACCAAUGGUCUGAAUCCUCCCUUGUUUACAUCACUCUUUUAACAUUUGAGAAAAAAACUUUUGAGUCAACAACAUCAACAAUGGCAUCUUCAAUUUCAAAUCUUUAUUCAUCAACAUUUCUAAAACCCAAAAUUUCCCCCCUUUUAAACAUCACAAGAAACCCAAUUUCCAACCCCAAAUCUGUCAACUUUUGGCCAAUCUGUUCAGUUGCGAAGGACAUCCCAGCAGAUCUUUCAAUUUCAUCAUCAUAUUCCAAUAACAAUCUUCCAUCUUUACAGAAAAAGAAGAAAGGGGAUGGGUUUUUGGAGAAAGACCCACAAGCCUUGUGGGCUAGAUAUGUGGAUUGGUUGUAUCAACACAAAGAGUUGGGUCUUUAUUUGGAUGUUAGUAGGAUGGGGUUUACCGAGGAAUUUGUUGAGGAAAUGGAGCCUAAGUUUCAGAAAGCUUUUAAAGCUAUGGAAGAGCUUGAAAAUGGUGCCAUUGCUAACCCUGAUGAAGGAAGAAUGGUGGGUCAUUAUUGGUUAAGGAAUUCUAAUCUGUCUCCUACCUCAUUUUUGAAGACCCAGAUUGAUGUUACUCUUGAUCGUGUUUGGGAAUUUGCUCAUGAUGUUGUUUCCGGCAAGAUUAGGGCCCCGACUGGCGAAAAAUUUACCCAAAUACUUUCUGUUGGAAUUGGUGGUUCUGCGCUUGGGCCUCAGUUUGUUGCAGAAGCACUGGCUCCUGACAAUCCUCCUCUAAAGAUUAGAUUUAUUGACAAUACAGACCCAGCCGGAAUUGAUCAUCAAAUUGCGCAGCUCGGUCCUGAGUUAGCUACAACACUUGUGGUUGUUAUUUCAAAGAGUGGUGGUACGCCAGAAACAAGAAAUGGUUUGUUGGAAGUACAAAAGGCCUUCCGUGAAGCUGGAUUGACUUUCGCAAAACAGGGAGUUGCUAUUACACAAGAAAACUCUUUGUUGGAUAACACUGCACGAAUUGAAGGCUGGAUAGCAAGAUUUCCAAUGUUUGAUUGGGUGGGAGGUAGAACAUCUGUAAUGUCUGCCGUUGGUUUACUCCCGGCAGCGCUUCAAGGAAUUGACAUAAAAGAAAUGCUUGCCGGUGCAGCUUUAAUGGAUGAGGAAACUAGAACUCCUGUGUUGAGAAAUAAUCCUGCAGCAUUGCUGGCUAUGUGCUGGUAUUGGGCUACAGAUGGUGUAGGCUCCAAGGAUAUGGUUGUACUUCCAUACAAGGACAGUCUAUUACUUUUUAGCCGGUAUUUGCAACAGCUUGUCAUGGAAUCACUUGGAAAGGAGUUUGACCUUGACGGUAACCGGGUGAACCAGGGGAUUACUGUCUAUGGAAAUAAAGGAAGCACAGAUCAGCACGCCUAUAUUCAACAACUAAGGGAGGGUGUUCACAACUUCUUUGUCACGUUUAUUGAAGUACUGCGUGAUAGACCUCCUGGUCAUGACUGGGACCUUGAACCAGGUGUAACAUGUGGUGACUAUCUCUUUGGAAUGUUACAGGGGACAAGAUCAGCUCUUUAUGCAAAUAAUCGUGAAUCUAUUUCGGUCACUGUCCAAGAAGUGACACCUAGGGCAGUUGGUGCAAUGAUAGCACUAUACGAACGAGCUGUUGGGUUAUAUGCCUCACUUGUCAACAUUAAUGCAUAUCACCAACCAGGUGUGGAGGCGGGUAAAAAAGCGGCAGCAGAGGUAUUAGCUCUUCAGAAAAGGGUACUUGCUGUGCUCAACGAGGCCAGUUGCAAGGAGCCCAUUGAACCAUUGACAAUCGAAGAAAUUGCGGACCGUUGCCAUUGCCUUGACGAUAUCGAAAUGAUAUACAAGUUAGUAGUGCACAUGGCAGCCAACGACAGAGUGCUGCUUGCGGAAGGAAACUGUGGUUCUCCUCGGAGCAUCAAGGCCUUCCUUGGCGAAUGUAACGUUGAUGAGUAAUUAAAUUGAGAAAUAAAGAAGGAAGGAAAUCGGAGUGUUGCGCUGUGAUGGUCGGAAGUUGCCCGGAGGAAUGGAAUGUAAUCUGUUGUUGGUAAUUUAUAUGUAAUGUCUCUAAGACUUGCAAAACUUGAAUCAGCGAUGGUAUGUCAUAAAGUGCACAUUGCAUCCAAAAAAUUUGAGAAAAGGAAUGAAAUUAUAUCUUGUUUUGUUUA